AUGGGGAUGACGAGCCAUGAUUGUCAUGUUGUUAUGCAGCGCCUACUUCCAUUUGCCUUUGAAGGUCUUCUACCAAACAACGUCUACAAAGCAGUUGCAGAAGAUAGCAAACUCCUUUGCGAACUUGAGAAGAUAUUUCCACCGUCCUUCUUCGAUGUGAUGGAACAUCUUCCGGUUCAUCUUCCAAGAGAAGCAGAGCUUGGAGGACCAGUUCCGUACCGCUGGAUGUAUCCUUUUGAGCGGUUUAUGUUCCAUCUGAAGAAGAAGGUGAAAAAUCUAAGUAGAGUCGAAGGUUCUAUUGUCGCCCAAAGCCUUAAUGAAGAAACCUCGCACUUUGCUAGCAACUACUUUCCAUCAAACGUCCGAACCAAGAGUCGACGACCAUCACGACAUGAUGAUGGGGGCCAAAGACCUAUUUAUCAAGCAUGGGUUCCUGAUAUAUUUUCUCAAAUCGGACGGUUGAGUGGAAAAGCAAAAAACGAAUGCUAUCAACCGAGGAGGAAGAUCAUUUGCAUAAAAAAUGAGUUUGAAGUCCUCAAGACGAAGGAGUUUGUGAAUUGGAUGAAAUGUUAUAUCAAAACAAGUCGUUCUACCGGAGAAAUAAUUCCCACAUGGUUAGAAGAGUUGGUGUACGGCCCUAAAUCGGAAGUCACAUGCUAUCCGAGAUAUUGCACUCGAGGUUUUGCUUUUCAAAUAUUUCGUGAAAGAAGUACGAGAUCAACUUCUGAUUUUGGUAUCUCGUCUCGGUCUGGAGAUAUUAUAUACUACGGUGUUCUACGCGAGAUAUUGGAAGUCCAGUUUCCGGGAUUGCUCAAUUUAAGGUGCAUUGUUUUCAACUGUGAUUGGUAUGAUCCAGUUAACGGCCUUCGGCAUGACGAGUUUGGUGUUACAUCCGUACAUUGCCGUAAGAGACUUCGGAAAUAUGAUCCAUUUAUUCUUGCUUUACAAGCAGACCAAGUAUGCUACAUCCCAUACCCACGAGUUAAGAGGAAGCAAGACCCAUGGAUCACAGUUACUUCAGUAAACCCAAGAGGAAAAGUAUUUGGUGAUGUUGAUCACGAUCCUUUGCAACAAAACACACUUGGUUAUGUAGGAACGAUUGAGCCUUCUCUUGAAGUAAACCUUGUGGUUGACUUCACCAUGGAAAAUGGGUAUGAGCUAUUUGAGGAUUCCGAGGAAGAAAUUGAUGAGUUUGACGAGAAUAACAAUUCAGCACCUUCAGACUAUUCAUCAGAUUCAGAAUAA